AUGGAUAUUGAAUGUCAAACAAAAGUUGACUAUCUACAACAAGCACGUAAAACAACACGACCUUCUACAAAAGGUUUGACAGUCUAUAAAGAACGUGGAUCAGUUAUACUUCAAAUAAAUAAUAGUGCAAAGACAUCUUUCAAUUUGGAGGAAUCACUUUCGAAAUACUAUGCAAGUUUUAUACAUGAAGGCAAAAUGACAUUGGAGAUGGUGUUACCUGGUGGCACCUUUUGUAACAUUCUAAUAUCAAAAGCAUCACCGGAACUCCUAACAAAGCUAUAUUCAAUAUUGAAAGUUGUUUUAGAAUCACCUCAAGAUAUCAUAGAUCUUGAUCUAGCGAGUAAUAAACCAAGUAAAGAUGAUGAAGCAAUAGAAGUAUAA